AUGUGUGUACUGACUAAGUUCUCUGUCCUCUGCUUCCUGCAAGAACGCAAUUUGUGCAUAUUUAGAAGCGGGCAAGAAGCAGUCACGACGUCAACUACAACUAGCAAAAAUACAGAGAAUUGCUUGAACGUACUUGCCCCCCCUGGAAGAUCAGAGAAAGUGCCUCUGGGAACGGGAAAGUCGUCAUUCAUAUUCUUAGUAGAACACGCGGGUAUCAAAGCAGAAAUAGGCGGUGAAGGAAAAUUUGCGGCCAAGCUGGUUCCCAGAUACAGUAAACGUGACGGUGGAAGCUUAAGUGUCAAAGAACAACAAAAUACAAAAGCUUUUGUACAGCAGGAAGCUAAUCACUUGAUGAAACUCAGCCGUGAGAAUCCACAUAUUAACAGGGAGACGUCUUUAACUACUUUCGGGCAUAUAAUGCAAAACAUGGCAAAUAUCCUGAUGAACACACAAUCGUGCCUGGUGCUCGCUCAUAUUCAUCCGAAAUACAUACAUCGGGACGUGAAUCUAGCUAAGAAAGGGUCAAACGGAAAGGCAAGUGGUGUUCGUGGAUCAGACGGAUAUUAUGCUCCAGAACUGUUGCUUCAUCCUGAGGAUCCGUUCACAGACAAAGUAGACAUGUGGUCUAUAGGAGUUACUACAUAUACUUUCCUAGCAGGGUGUGACUUUCUUGCCAAUGUCAAGUAUUUCCUCAAUAAGGACAGACCCAAACACAAGGGAAUGGAACGCUACAACUUUGAUGCUUUCAAUGAGACACAAUUAGCAAGUAUAAUUGGCAGAGAUAAAUAUUGGAUUUAUACUCUUUUGCAUUCUGAAGAUUCUGACUGGUUGAAAGGGAUAUCUUCUGAUGGGCUAGACUUUAUGUACCAAUGCCUAAAACCAGAUCCAAAAGAAAGAAUGUCUGCAAUAGAUGCACUUAAACAUCCUUUCAAAGUGCUAGUAGUAAUACAGAAUCUAGCCAAGAUGAAACUAAGAAAGGUAAAGGAAAACAGAAAGCUUCUGGAAAGUCAAGUUCAGGCAAACAUAGAGCUUCAAGCAGUAGUACAAAGGGUACAGCUUAUGGAAGUCAAAAACUGA